AAGCUUCUCCAUUUGUCUCGUUAUUCUCACGCUAUCUCUUCUUCUUCAUUUCUGAACUCUGAUCUCUGUUUUUCCUUGAGUAAGAAAAUCAUGGCGAGAGGACCUGGUCUCUAUUCUGACAUCGGAAAGAAAGCCAGAGAUCUUCUCUACAAGGAUUACCAGAGCGACCACAAGUUCACUAUCACGACAUAUUCUCCGACAGGAGUUGCCAUUACUUCAUCUGGAACAAAGAAGGGGGAGCUGUUUCUUGCUGAUGUCAAUACCCAGUUGAAGAACAAGAAUAUCACAACUGAUAUCAAAGUGGACACAAGUUCUAAUCUUUUCGCAACCAUCACAUUUGAUGAACCUAUUCCUAGAUUGAAGACAAUCCUUCAUUUCAAAGUUCCAGAUCAAAGAUCUGGGAAGUUAGAAGUUCAAUACUUGCACGAUUAUGCUGGGAUCAGCUCAAGCAUUGGCUUGACAGCAAACCCUGUUGUCAACUUCUCAGGUGUUGUUGGGGCAAAUGGGCUUGCAUUGGGAGCUGAUCUCUCAUUUGAUACCAAGGAAGGAAACCUUACUAAAAUUAACGGAGGAUUUAACUUCUCAAACAAUGACCUCGUUGCUUCACUAACCUUGAAUGAGAAAGGGGAAAGUCUGAAUGCAUCUUACUACCACACGGUUAGCCCAUUGACGAAUUCUGCUGUUGGUGCUGAGGUAGCUCACAGCUUCUCAACGAAUGUAAACACAAUCACAAUUGGGACCCAACACUCUUUGGAUCCAUUGACUACUGUUAAGGGAAAGGUUAACAACUUUGGAAAGGCGAGUGCUCUUAUUCAGCAUGAAUGGCGCCCCAAGUCCCUUUUCACGAUUUCUGGAGAAGUGGAUACUAAAUCAAUUGAUAAGAAAGCUAAGUUCGGAUUAGCUUUGGUUCUUAAGCCAUAAUAAUAAUGGCUAGUCAUCGGCAUAGGUUAGGGAGCAAUAAGAGGUAAACUCCAUAUUGUCUGAUGGAGAUUUGGUUUGUUUUGUAAAAAAUAAUCUUUGGAGGAUUUUUGCACCGGUUUCUGCAUAUAUCCCAUUUCUAAACUGAUGAUGAGUGAGCGAGUGUUUUUAUUUAAACGGGAAGGCCUGCCUGACAUUUGUUUAUUGUUUUUAUUUAUUGACGACUUUUUGGAAUGAAAGAACAUCCAAAGGCUGUUGGUUUACAGCCUGCUAUUCAUUCAAGAAAUUUUAUUUUAUACUUUA